UACAUGGGGAUUUUAAGUCAUCUGGAAGCUGCAGUGAAAGCUCAGUCGAUGGCAGUGUGACGGAAUGGGAGACUUUUCAUCGCAGAUCGACCAGCAGCCUUCAGCAUGCUGACCAUCAACAGGCUACUGCUGGUGGCUGCUCCAUGCACCUGGGCUCUUGCAUCGACAGUGCCCGUGCUGGCGGUGACCUUCGCAAACCUGGGGUUCGCUUUCAUCGUGAUUCUUGUAUCCUACUGGUCACUAUGGCACUUUAGGCAGCUGUUCUUCAACGGGCUGGUUAGUCACAAAGGGAAGGCUGUACUCAUUACAGGUUGCGAUACUGGCUUUGGACACUUGCUCGCUGAUCGACUAGCCAAAGAUGGUUUUCUUGUAUUUGCUGGGUGCCUGGAUGCCUCUGGCACAGGUGCCAAUAUCCUCCGAGAACGAACGAACAUCCGUGUGCUUCAGAUGGAUGUCACCAAGAAAGAAGAUAUUGAUGCGGCAUUCGAAAUCGUGGAAAAUGACCUCGACAACAAAGGUCAGUAAUGCUAUCAGAGAUCGUACCUGCCCCCCUGAAAUAAAAUUUAGUUUGCUUUCAUAAACCACCACUAAAUGAGAACACUGCAGGCAUGAUAACAUGUGUCGCCUCCGAUGGCAAAUUAAGUUGACUGACUUACGACUGGAUGGAUGCGAAGUGACACUUGGGUUCGUUACUCUAGCAAUCACCUUCGCGUUCGGCAACUAGAAUUCAAUAGCGCUUGUUGGGGCUAUUUUGUGACCUUUCACGUGCGCCUUUCACUGAUUUAGCAAUGCUCUA